AUGGUCGUAGAUACUACAUAUUAUGAUUUAUUGAAUCUUCAGCCCGAUGCAACUUCAUUGGACAUAAAGAAGGCAUACAGAAAAGCUGCAAUUAGACUUCAUCCAGAUAAGAAUCCAGGAGACCCUACAGCAGCAGCCAAGUUCCAAGAAGUUGGGGAGGCAUACCAAGUUUUGUCGGACGAUAAUUUGCGGUCAAAGUAUGAUAAAUAUGGUAAACAAGAAUCGAUUCCUAGUGAAGGAUUUGAAGAUCCAUCGGAAUUUUUCUCUAUGAUUUUUGGAGGAGAUGCAUUUAAGGACUGGAUUGGUGAAUUAUCCUUACUUCAAGAGUUAACCAAGUCUGCUGAGUUAUCUGGCUAUGGAGAUGAGGAAAAGAAGGAUACAAAGGAAGAAGAAAAGACCGGCGAAAAUCCCAGCACGAAAGCAAGUGAGUCGAAAUCGCAGGAUUCCACGCAAUCAGGAACUACUACUAGUGAUGCUCCUACCAAUACUAAAUCGCAGGACGAAGAAGACGUUCAGUUACGUGACAAGACCCAAAAGUUAUUUUUAGAAGAUUCGUCGGGUGCUAGUAAUGCAGCCACAAAGGAUGGAGAUAAGAAGGAAUUGACCAAGGAAGAAAAAGAAGAGUUAAAGCGUAAGGAAGAACUUGAAAAAUUCGAAGAAGAAUGUAGGAUAAAGAAGAUCGAAAUGAGAGAGGAAUUAGCCAAAAAAUUGAUCGACAAGCUCUCAUUAUUCACUGAAACAGAUAUGAAAGAAGACGUUGCAGAAUCAUUUAAACAAAAAUUAAAGUACGAAGCGGAAUCGUUGAAGAUGGAAAGUUUUGGUUUAGAAAUCUUGCACACUAUUGGAUCGGUGUAUAAGACCAAGCUGAAGAUCUUUUUAAAGAAUCAAACGUUCUUAGGUUUCGGUGGUCUCUGGUGGUCAGUAAAAGAGAAAGGUGGAGUUGUCAGGGACACUUUCAAGACUAUUACUAGUGCCUUAGAUGCUCAGCUGACUAUGCAAGAAUAUGCUAAAAUGCAAGAGGAUAAUGAAUAUCAUGCUAAGAAAGAAGCUGAAGAACAAGCUGAAGCAAAGAAAAAUGCCGAGGAAGUUGACCAAAUUGAGAAAGAGAUUGAAGAGUUAAAGAAAGAGAAAGAACAGAAAGAGGCUGCUGAAGCCCAAAAGGCUGCUGAUAAAGACGCCAAAGGAAGUGAAGGUGUGAAAACCGACGAUAAGAAAGAAGAAAAGAUACCUGAAAAGCAUACAGCCGAAGAUAUCGCAGAAAUGGAGAAAUAUUUAAUGGGUAAAGUGUUGGCAGCUGCAUGGUCUGGUUCAAAGUUCGAAAUUCAAAGUACAGUUCGUGGUGUAUGCGACAACAUAUUGCAAGAUAAGGAAGUGCCGUUGAACACUAGAGUUGCAAGAGCCAAAGGCUUAAAGUUAAUUGGCGAAGUAUUUUCUAGCAUUACAAGAACAGAAGCUGAAGAUGAAGAAGCUAGAGUAUUUGAAGAAUUGGUUGCUGAAGCUACGAAGAAAAGAGAAAAGAAGAAGAAACCAACAGAACAUGCUACUGGAGUUGAUGAAUCUACUAAGUAG